GGAACACGCGUUGUGUCCCUGUGCGAGUGACACUGGUGAUAACAGCUGUCCCCGAGCGAGGCGGGAGCGGGCCCCUUCUGCUGCUCGGUUCUUGUUCCAGCCCUGCCGAGAAGGACCUGGGCGUGUGGGGAGUAUUCCCUUGCCUCAUGUAGAACAGUGGCUUUCUGCAGCUGGAAAUGUCUGUCCUGCUGGGAAGGUGAUGAUGUGAAUUCCCUCCUGCAGGACUGAGGAAGAUGCCCAAGAAGGGAGGGAAGAUUGUAGAUGUGGCAAAGGAAACACAGGCUCAGUGCAAACGGCCCAGGUUGGACACAGCUGGUUCUCCGUCUGUCCUGAGUUUUGAGAGCCCAGAGAGCCUCUUCAGGAGCCUGAUCUCUCCCAUCGAGGAAGAGGAGUUUUUCAGGGACUACUGGGAGCAGAAGCCACUGCUUGUUCAGAGAAAUGAUGUCCUGGUGGCUGCUUACUACCAGUCCCUGUUCCAGCUGUCACACUUGAAGGAGCUGUGCAGCCAGGGCCUGUACUACGGGCGAGAUGUGAAUGUCUGCAGGUGUGUCAAUGGGAAGAAGAAGGUUUUAAAUAAAGAAGGUAGAGUGAAUUACAUGCAGCUGAAGAAGGAUUUUGACCAGAAAAAGGCAACAAUACAGUUUCAUCAACCUCAGAGAUUUAAGGAGGAGCUGUGGAAGAUUCAGGAGAAGCUGGAGUGUUACUUUGGGUCUCUGGUGGGCUCCAAUGUUUACAUCACUCCCCAGGGAUCUCAGGGCCUUCCCCCUCACUACGAUGAUGUCGAGGUGUUCAUUCUUCAGCUGGAAGGAGAGAAGCACUGGCGGCUCUACAAACCAACGGUGCCUUUGGCUCGGGAGUACAACGUUGAGCCAGAAGAGAGGAUUGGGAGUCCCACACAUGAAUUCAUAUUAAAGCCAGGUGACUUACUGUACUUCCCAAGAGGGACAAUUCACCAGGCUGACACUCCUCAUGGAAUCUCCUAUUCAACACAUGUGACCAUCAGCACCUACCAAAACAACUCCUGGGGAGAUUUCUUACUGGAUGCAAUUCCUGGCCUGGUGUUUGAUACAGCAAAAGAGGACAUGGCACUGAGGACAAGCAUUCCAAGGCAACUGCUCAUGCAGGUGAACACAGCUGACUGCACCAAAAAGCUGAGCAGCCUUCUGAGAAGGCUUGCAGACAGUCUGGAGAACUCCAGGGAGCUGAGAUCGUCCGACAUGAAGAAGGAUUUCAUCACGCACCGGUUGCCGCCGUGCUUGGGAUGUGACUCUGAUCCUUUGACUCCAGGUGGGAAAUUGCCAAAAAUAGAUAGCAAAAUCAGACUGCAAUUUAGAGACCAUGCUCUCAUCACUGUGGAACCAGAUCAAGAGAAUGCUGAUGAAAUUCGCAGGGAGAUGGUUUAUGUGUAUCAUUCCUUAAAGAACAGGAGAGAAACUCACAUGAUGGGGACAGAGGAUGACACUGCCAGUGAGGAUGGCCUGGCACAGCAGACUCACGGGCUGCGGUUCCCUUUGUCAUACUUGGAUGCACUGAAGCAGAUCUGGAGUAGCAGCACUGUCACUGUGAAAGAGCUUAACCUUACCUCAGAUGCAGAGAAAGAAAACCUUGCCUUGUCACUCUGGACUGAAUGUCUGAUCGAAGUUCUUUGAUGCUUUUGUGAAUUAGCUGUUCCUGGCUAUCAGGCAGCUCUUGAGACCAAGGUUUAUUAAAUUAGGUUUUUUUAAAUCCA